CCCGUGUCCGUCCGUCCGUCCGUCCGUCCGGGGGAUGGCGGGUCCGGCGGGCCCGGCGGGCCCCGGGGCGGAGAAGCAGCUGGCCCCGGCGCUGCUCGGCUUCUUCAUUUACAACCCGCGCCUCGGCCCUCGGGAGGGACAGGAAGAAAAAAAGAUUCUUUUUUACCACCCAAAUGAAAUCGAAAAGAAUGAAAAAAUUAGAAAUGUUGGCUUGUGUGAAGCUAUAGUACAGUUUACAAGGACCUUUAGCCCAUCAAAACCGGCGAAAUCCUUACAUACCCAGAAGAAUAGGCAGUUCUUCAAUGAACCAGAAGAGAAUUUCUGGAUGGUCAUGGUUGUUCGGAAUCCAAUAAUUGAAAAACACACUAAAGAUGGAAAACCAGUGGUUGAAUAUCAAGAAGAGGAGUUGUUGGACAAGGUUUACAGUUCAGUUCUACAACAGUGCUAUAAUAUGUACAAGCUCUUCAAUGGUACAUUUCUGAAGGCCAUGGAAGAUGGAGGUGUCAAAGUUUUAAAAGAAAGACUAGAGAAAUUCUUUCAUCGGUAUUUGCAAACAUUGCAUUUGCAGUCAUGUGACCUACUUGACAUUUUUGGUGGAAUCAGCUUCUUCCCUUUGGAUAAAAUGACAUAUUUGAAAAUCCAGUCGUUUAUUAAUAAGGUGGAAGAAAGUUUGAAUAUAGUCAAAUACACUGCCUUUCUCUAUAACGAUCAGCUCAUCUGGAGUGGAUUAGAACAAGAUGACAUGAGAAUUUUAUACAAAUACCUCACAACAUCACUAUUUCCAAGGCAUAUAGAGCCUGAGUUGGCAGGAAGGGAUUCUCCAAUACGUGCAGAAAUGCCAGGAAAUCUUCAGCACUAUGGAAGAUUUCUUACUGGGCCUUUGAACAUUAAUGAACCAGAAGCAAAAUGCAGAUUCCCCAAAAUAUUUGUAAAAACAGACGACACCUAUGAAGAACUCCAUUUAAUUGUUUACAAGGCCAUGAGUGCAGUGGUGUGUUUCAUGAUUGACGCCACCAUGCAGCCUACUCUGGACUUUUGCCGAAGACUGGACAGCAUCGUUGGGCCUCAGCUGACUGUGUUAGCAUCCGACAUUUGUGAACAGUACAACAUCAACAAGAGGAUAGCAGGGUCUGAGAAGGAACCUCAGUUUAAGUUUAUCUACUUCAACCAUAUGAACUUAGCCGAGAAAAGUACAAUUCACAUGAGGAAAACACCCAGCGUAUCACUUACGUCCGUCCAUCCUGAUCUAAUGAAAAUUCUAGGUGAUAUCAACAGCGACUUUACGAGAGUGGAUGAGGAUGAGGAAAUCAUUGUGAAGGCAAUGAGUGACUACUGGGUUGUUGGAAAAAAAUCGGAUCAACGGGAACUGUAUGUUAUUUUGAAUCAAAAAAACGCAAACCUGAUUGAGGUCAAUGAAGAAGUAAAGAAACUUUGUGCAACACAGUUCAAUAACAUCUUCUUCUUGGAUUGACCAUCAUGCACCUUACCGAAAGUGUCAGAAUACAGUAUUGAAGGUUAUUAGUCAUAUUAUUGACUGGAAUAACGACUAUAGUAAAGCAAUACUUGCUUUGUAAGAAUCAAAUUUCUACUACACCUGUAAACUCUGAUCAUGAGAUUUUUAGAUUUUAAAUAUUUGUGGCACUAAUUAAAGCCAGUCUGCUACAUCUUAUGCCAACCAUUCCAUUCCUCUGACAUUAUGUGAAUAUUUUACUGGAAAAUAAAACUAGUACCUUGUUCAAUUUUAA